AAUUUGCAGUUGGGCUGCUAAAAGCUGCCAAUUUAAAGCCGAAAAACAACCAAAAGUCUUCCCUUCUUUAAAUCCCCAUUAGUCAUAUAUAUACUCUUCUUUAAAUCCCCAUUAUAUAUAUAUGUAUCAAACUCAAGGUCCCUCUCUUUCUUCUCUGCAUCUCUAAACACAAAAAGAUGGGUGCUUGCUUUUCUUGCAAACCAAAACCUGCACUUCAAAAUGUGAGAGUGGUUCAUCUAAAUGGCUAUGUGGAGGACUAUGAGCAUCCAAUUUCUGUAGGUCAAGUCACAGGGAAGCCCGCAAAGCACUUUGUCUGCACCCCAGCUCAGCUUCUCUCUACUGGGUCCAAGCCAUUAAAACAGGACACCCUGCUGCAACCAGGGCAGGUCUAUUUUCUGCUUCCAUACUCAGCAUUGCAGAGUGAUGUUUCUCCUCUGGACUGGGCCUCCAUAUCCAGAAAGCUCACUGCAGCAGCAGCAAAAAGCAGGAGGUCUUCAUGUGAGGCUAACAAUAAUUCUUCUCAUUCUUCUCCUUUGGCUCCUUCUAGUCCUUUGAUGAUGGGCCAGUUUUGCUCAAGCCCUGUGUGGAGCUCAUCAUCUUCACCAGGUAGAAGUCCUAGCAGGUUUUCUAUGGAGCAGGAAAACAUGGGCUCUCUGAUGGAUUAUGGCUCUCAAAGGUCUUGUAGAGCUAGGUCAUGGAAGCCACUUUUGGAUACAAUUACUGAGAAAUCAUUUAACAGGAGGACUGAAUCAGAUUUACAAGAGAUGCAUGUGGAGGCUGUGAAAUAGAUUGGGUUUGAAUUUGAUCAGGUACAGUAGUAUAUGUUGUAGUGGAGAGAGAGAGAGAGAGAGAGAGAGAGAGAGAGAGAGAGAGAGAGAGAGAGAGAGAGAGAGAAACAGAAAACUCUAUGCUUGGUUUUUUUUUGUGGUAGAUAUUGCUAGAGGAUAUUGGGAUGGAUGUAAUGGGGAUUUUCUUGUGGGAAAAUGAAAUGGAAAACUCUGUUGAUUUUAGUUUUUCUGGUUUGGAAAUAUCAGCAGAUGAUGGCAACUGAAGAUCAUCAGAUAUUGAUCUUCUUUUCCCCACUUUGAAUCUUUCAAUUCUGUUAUUACAUUGUGAGCUGACAUCUAACUUUGAAGUGAAUCAAAUGAAUUUCUGGUCA